AUGGAGAUAUUUCCACCUUGCAGACAACUCUACAGCAGUACAAAGGGKACAGAGGGCUAUGACAAGAUCUACAGAAUAAGAAAUUACCUUACAAUGUUGGGUGAGAAUAUCAGAAGAGAAUAUCAGCUGUCACGUGAAAUAUCAAUUGAUGAGACAAUGAUACCUCACAAGGGGCGGCUUAGCUAUAAGCAGUAUAUAAAAAAUAAACCAACGAAAUGGUUGAUCAAACUGUGGGUUCUUUCAGAGGCAACAACUGGGUAUGUCUAUCGUUUCCAAGUCUAUUUAGGAAAGGUUGAAGGAAAUCCUGAACAACAUCUGGCAAAGAGAGUUGUUAGAGACCUAACCAUAACAGAGGCUAAUAAAAACCACCACUUAUAUAUGGAUAAUUUUUAUUGUGAUCCUCAUUUGUUCAAAGAACUAUUAGACAAGAAAAUAUUUUGCUGUGGUACAGUAAAAUUCAAUCGUAAAGGUUUUCCACAAGAGGUUGUUAUCACUAAAGAAAGACAAAAACAAAUGAGGAGGGGUGAUUACUUGUGGAGAUGUGAUGGUCAACUUGUUGCAUCGGGAUGGCUUGACAAGCGUCCAGUUUAUCAUUUGUCAACCAGUCAUCCUCCGACAACAAAUGAGCCCACAACUGUUGCUAGACGAGAAGGCAGAGGAGAAAGACAAUCACUUCAAUGCCCUACUGGAUUAUCAGAAGUUUAUGGGUGGGGUGGAUCUGACAGACCAAAUGAUAAAGAGUUUCUCAGUUUUGCGGAAGUCAAGAAAGGCUUGGAAAAAGCUUUUCAGUUACGGACUUGA